AUGGAAGUCGUGUCAUCGUAUCCCUACGUUGGCCCUCCAGGUCCUGCCAUCAUGCAGGAUGGAGGCCCUGCACGAGGAGGUGGCCGCAGCGGUGACCGUCUGACCAAGAGACGCCGUAUUGACGAUACCGGUGGAGAUGCUGCCCCAACCAACCCGGAGGCCUUUGAGCAGUGGGACAAUGAUGCACAGAACCGGGCGUCGCAGCAGUAUAUUUCAGGUCAGGAUGGAGCGUCCUUGAGCACCGGCCAAGCAGAUUUCAGUAAUCCGGCUGCGGCACCAGGAGCCCUGAGUACGACGGAGGGCUCGUCCUGGCAGCCUCCGGACACGACUGCGUACCCCGAUCUUGCGUCUUAUCAGCAGCAGCCCUACUUUUACGGGCAGAAUAACACUGCUGCUGCUGGCUACAACGCCAACUGGGCACACGCCACAACUCAGGCCUAUGGUGCUACUUAUGUGGGCUACUCCGUGAAUGGACAGACUGCUACUGCGAGCAUGCCCUUCUUUCCUCCCUCAACUGCGAAUGUUGGCGACCCUGCCGAUGGGCUUGACGGCGCCACUGCUUUCAACUAUCCGGACGUCGAACAUGCCUCGCAGUAUGCAUCGUAUACCCAACCCAGCGCCACGGCAGCGUUGGCUCAGCGGGAAGCGGCCAAGUCAUCGGCAUACUACUUUGAUGAUGCGAGCAUGCACUUGAAGAUCCAGAGUCUUCCAAUACUGGACAACUUAGCGACCCAGCUCAUUCACACCAUUUCAAAAGCCAGCUUUCCACAAAUCCAGGAUCUGAUGCGAGGAGCCGACAACGAGGACAGCCAAGCAUACAAAACAUUGAAGAACCUCUUCGACCAGACACGGAAAGUGUACAGCAGGGAGACACCUUUCAUCGAUGCCAUUGCCAUACAAAUGUUCCAACCCAACCAGCAGGAGAUCAUUCGGAAAGCCAACAUCGCCACCUUUAUCUCUAGCAUCCUGGGCGCGCACGAUGUCAGUUUCUUCCACCUCAAUGAGUUCUUCAUGGAGACUUUCGUACCUCUGGGUCAUCGUCUGCUUAAGUGGCAGGGUGCGAUUUACUUGGAACUGAAGACGCAAAUUUACAUUUCAGCAUUGAUGAACAGUGACGGCAGUCCUGAGGCAAUGCUGGAUGAGCUCUUUCCACCUGAUCUUGACGCUCAGAUCCUGACAAGACAUCCGGAUGCACCAAGCUUGUCGCCCAGCGAGCAAGAUUUCAUUGAUCGCAGCAGAGCUAGGAAGAGCUACCUACUGGCGGAGCCCUCUUCAGACGAGGCAUUGAAGGAAUUGCCGAAGAAGUAUCAAUGGAACGACUUUGUCCGCGAGUUCGCCUCCUGCAUCUCCAAGAACGUUGACGGAAUCAUGAACGUACCUGUACGAUCCCAAGCUGGUGGCGCAGCGAACAAGAAUGUAGUUCAAGACAUCGUGGUCGGUGCCAAUGGUGCCUCCGGCGUGGCCAUCCCAGGCGUGUCAUCAACUGGCAACAAGUCCAGUGGAUCUGCCAACAGAUCAGCCCCAGCAGCAUCAACAAUACGACAGCCCUGGACGAAGCCCGAAGAAGACGCACUACUCGCUGGUCUCGAGCGUGUCAACGGACCGCAUUGGUCCCAGAUCCUCGCACUCUAUGGUCGUGGUGGCUCAGUCAGUGAGGUACUGAAAGACCGCAAUCAAGUGCAGCUCAAGGACAAGGCUAGAAACUUGAAAUUGUGGUACCUCAAGACUGGCAAAGAAGUGCCACCGUCGUUGCGGGGUGUUACUGGUGAGCUCAGGAAGCGAGGCGGUGCGAGAGCGAGGGCUGCGUUGGGGAUGAUGGAUGAGGAGACGAAUCAUGAUGGCGGCGGUGGCGGGCAGGAUGAUGAUGGGGAUGGGGAUGGUGGUGGUGAUACGGGCGUGGAUAAGAAUACGACUACGAGGUCUGGGAGGAGUUCGAAGAAGAAGGGGAAACGUUAG